GUUCCCGGUUUCCCGGGUUACCUGAGGGGGCGGGGGUGAGAGCUCACGCUGGACGGGCAGCCUUGGUGAGUCCGGGUUCUCUUGCACGGGUGAGAGCGCGCGGCGGACCUCAGAGCGGAGGUGAAGCCUUAUGCUGAGACAGUUUUAUCUAGUUCAUGAACCAAAAUAUAUACAAGCUGAAUGUUACAGAAGUGUUGAAAGACAGCUCUGUCAUGAGCACCGACAGCAACUCAUUGGCACGUGAAUUUCUGAUCGAUGUCAACCAGCUUUGCAAUGCAGUUGUCCAGAGGGCAGAAGCCAGGGAAGAAGAAGAGGAGGAGACACACAUGGCAACCCUUGGACAGUACCUUGUCAAUGGACGAGGAUUUCUGUUACUUACCAAACUAAAUUCUAUCAUUGAUCAGGCCUUGACAUGCAGAGAAGAACUCCUGACUCUUCUUCUGUCGCUCCUUCCCUUGGUGUGGAAGAUACCUGUCCAGGAACAGCAGGCAACAGAUUUUAAUCUGCCAUUGUCAUCUUAUAUAAUUCUGACCAAAGAAAAGAACCCAAGUUUGCAAAAGUCAACUCAGGGAAAAUUAUAUUUAGAAGGAAGUGCUCUAUCUGAUCAGGUUUCUGCGAAAGAAAACCUUUUUCGAAAAAUCAGGCGGCAGCGUAAAAGUACCCAUCGCUAUUCUGUAAGAGAUGCAAGAAAGACACAGCUCUCCACCUCUGAUUCUGAAGGCAACUCAGAUGAGAAAAGUACAGUUGUGAGUAAACAUAGGAGGUUCCACACACUGCCACGCUUCCUGACGCAGUCUCCUAAGGAGGACCACCGCAUAGCCAACCUUGACCUCUCUGCAACCAAAGAACAGGUCCUUUCUGACACCAUGUCUUUGGAAAACUCCAGAGAAGUCAUUCUGAGACAGGAUUCAAAUGGUGACAUAUUAAGUGAGCCAGCUGCCUUGUCUAUUCUCAGUAAUAUGAAUAAUUCUCCCUUUGACUUAUGUCAUGUUUUGUUAUCUCUAUUGGAAAAAGUUUGUAAGUUUGACAUUGCUUUGAAUCAUAAUUCUUCUCUAGCACUCAGUGUAGUACCCACACUGACUGAGUUCCUAGCAGGCUUUGGGGACUGUUGUAGCCAGAGUGACACUUUGGAGAGACAACUGGUUUCUGCAGGUUGGACAGAAGAGCCAGUAGCUUUGGUUCAACGGAUGCUCUUUCGAACUGUGCUGCAUCUGAUGUCAGUUGAUGUUAGUACUGCAGAGGUGAUGCCAGAAAGUCUUAGGAAAAAUUUGACUGAAUUGCUUAGGGCAGCUUUAAAAAUUAGAGCUUGCUUGGAAAAGCAGCCUGACCCUUUCUCUCCAAGACAAAAGAAAACACUCCAGGAGGUCCAGGAGGGCUUUGUAUUUUCCACGUUUCGUCAUAGAGCCUUUCUUCUACCGGAGCUUCUGGAAGGAGUUCUACAGCUCCUCAUCUCUUGUCUUCAGAGUGCAGCUUCAAAUCCCUUUUACUUCAGCCAAGCCAUGGAUUUAGUUCAAGAAUUUAUCCAGCACCAAGGAUUUAAUCUCUUUGAAACAGCAGUUCUUCAGAUGGAAUGGUUACUAUCAAGGGAUGGUGUUCCUUCAGAGGCUGCAGGACAUUUGAAAGCCCUGAUAAACAGUGUAAUAAAAAUAAUGAGUACUGUCAAAAAAGUGAAAUCAGAGCAACUUCAUCAUUCCAUGUGCACAAGGAAAAGGCACCGGCGUUGUGAGUAUUCCCAUUUCAUGCAGCACCACCGAGAUCUCUCAGGUCUCCUGGUUUCAGCUUUUAAAAAUCAGCUUACUAAAAGCCCCUUUGAAGAGACUGCAGAGGGAGAUGUGCAGUAUCCAGAGCGGUGCUGCUGCAUCGCAGUCUGCGCUCACCAGUGCUUGCGCUUGCUGCAGCAGGUUUCCUUAAGCACCACAUGUGUCCAGAUCCUAUCAGGUGUACACAAUGUUGGAAUCUGUUGUUGUAUGGAUCCCAAGUCUGUGAUUGUCCCUUUACUCCAUGCUUUUAAAUUGCCAGCACUGAAAAAUUUCCAGCAGCAUAUACUGAAUGUCCUUAGCAAACUUCUUUUGGAUCAGUUAGGUGGAGCAGAGAUAUCACAAAGAAUUAAAAAAGCAGCUUGUAACGUCUGUACUGUGGACUCGGACCAACUGGCUAAGUUAGGAGAGACACUGCAAGGCACCUUGUGUGGUGCUGGUCCUUCCCAUGACUUGCCCAGUACUUCUUACAGAUGUCAAGGGAUCCUGCCAAGCAGCGGGUCUGAAGACUUGUUGUGGAAAUGGGAUGCCUUAGAGGCUUAUCAGAACUUUGUCUUUCAGGAAGACAGAUUACAUAACAUUCCGAUUGCAAAUCACAUUUGCAACUUAAUCCAGAAAGGCAAUGUAGUUGUUCAGUGGAAAUUGUAUAAUUAUAUCUUUAAUCCUGUGCUCCAAAGAGGAGUUGAAUUAGUACAUCAUUGUCAACAGCUAAGCAUCACUUCAGCUCAGACUCACAUGUGUAGCCAACUGAAACAAUAUUUGCCUCAGGAAGUGCUUCAGAUUUAUUUAAAAACUCUGCCUAUCCUACUUAAAUCCAGGGUAAUAAGAGAUUUGUUUUUAAGUUGUAAUGGAGUAAACCAAAUAAUUGAAUUAAAUUACUUAGAUGGGAUUCGAAGUCAUUCCCUGAAAGCAUUUGAAACUCUGAUUGCCAGCCUAGGGGAACAAGAGAAAGAUGCUGCAGUUCCAGGUGUCAAUGGGUUAGACAUCCAGCAGGAGUUGCCGUCCUUAAGUGUGGGUCCUUCUCUCCAUAAGCAGCAAGCUUCUUCAGAUUCUCCUUGCAGUCUCAGGAAGUUUUAUGCCAACCUCAGAGAAGCUGACCCAAAAAAGCGAAAGACCGUUCACCAGGAUGUUCACAUAAACACCAUAAACCUCUUCCUCUGUGAGGCUUUUCUAUGUGUCAGUAAAGAAGCAGACUCUGAUAGGGAGUCUGCCAAUGAGUCAGAAGACACUUCUGGCUAUGACAGUACUGCCAGUGAGCCAUUAAGUCACAUGCUGCCAUGUCUGUCUCUUGAGAAUGUUGUCUUACCUUCCCCUGAAUGUUUGCACCACGCCGCAGACAUUUGGUCCAUGUGUCGUUGGAUCUUCAUGUUGAACUCAGUCUUCCAGAAACAAUUUCACAGGCUUGGUGGUUUCCAAGUAUGCCAUGAAUUAAUAUUUAUGAUAAUCCGAAAACUAUUCAGAAGUCAUACAGAUGAUCAAGGAAGGCAGGGAGAAAUGAGUGUAAAUGAAAACCAGGCGUUAAUCAGAACAUCUCAUCCUGAGAUGACAUUGAGGGGAGAUGCCUCAUCUCCAGCAGCACCAGAACUGGGCUUUCUGAAAACGAGUGUUGGUAGCAUGAGUGAGUUAGAGUCACAGCAUAUGCUUCCCACAAGUGCAGAGCAGAUGUUGGCUACUGAGUCUGUUCCUGGGGAAGCAAAGCCCUUUUUGAGUCAACAAAAUGAGACUUCUCUCCAGAGCAUACGACUUUUGGAAUCUCUCCUGGCCAUUUGUCUUCAUAGCGCCAGAGCCAGUCAACAGAAGAUGGAAUUGGAGCUACCGUCUCAGAGCUUGUCUGUGGAAAAUAUAUUGUGUGAACUGAGGGAACACCUUUCCCAGUCAAAGGUGGCAGAAACAGAGUUAGCAAAGCCUUUAUUUGAUGCCCUGCUUCGAGUAGCCUUGGGGAGUCAUUCAGCAGAUUUGGAUCCUGGUGAUGCUGUGACUGAGAAGUGUCAUCCCUUUGAGGAAGAGUUGUUGUCCCAGCCUGGAGAUUUUUCAGAAGAAACUGAGGAUUCUCAAUGUUGUAGUUUGAAACUUCUGGACGAGGAAGAAGGUUAUGAGGCAGAUAGUGAAAGCAAUCCUGAGGAUGGUGACACCCAAGACGAUGGAGUAGAAUUAAAACCUGAAGCAGAAGGUUUCAGUGGAUUGAUUGUUCCAAACAACUUACUUGAAAACCUCACUCAUGGGGAAAUAAUAUACCCUGAGAUUUGCAUGCUGGGAUUAAAUUUGCUUUCUGCUAGCAAAGCUAAACUUGAUGUGCUUGCUCAUGUGUUUGAGAGCUUUCUGAAAAUUGCCAGGCAGAAGGAAAAGAACAUUUCUCUGCUCAUGCAACAGGGAAUUGUGAAAAUUCUUCUAGGAGGGUUCUUGAAUAUUUUAACACAAACUAAUUCUGAUUUCCAAGCAUGCCAGAGAGUAUUGGUGGAUCUCUUGGUAUCUUUGAUGAGUUCAAGAAUGUGUUCAGAAGACUUAACCCAUCUUUUGAGAAUAUUUCUGGAGAAAUCUCCUUGUACAGAAAUUCUUCUCCUUGGUAUUCGGAAAAUUGUUGAAAGUGAUUUUAGUAUGAGCCCUUCACAGUAUCUGACCUUCCCUUUGCUGCAUACCCCAUGUUUAAGCAAUGGAGUCUUAUCACAAAAGCCUCCUGGGAUUCUUAACAGUAAAGCCUUAGGCUUAUUGAGAAGAGCACGGAUUUCCCGAGGCAAGAAAGAGGCUGACAGAGAGAGUGUUCCCUGUAGGCUGCUUUCCUCUUGGCAUAUAGCCCCAAUCCACCUGCCACUGCUGGGGCAAAACUGCUGGCCACACCUGUCAGAAGGAUUUAGUGUUUCUCUGUGGUUUAAUGUGGAAUAUAUCCAUGAAUCCGAGAGUGCUGCAGAAAGAGGAAAGAAAACAAAGAAAAGAAACAAACCAUCAGUUCAAGAAGAUGGCAGUUUUGAAGGAGCAGAAUGUGAUAGACCAGAAGUUACAGAAUUCAUCAAUCCUGGUGACAGACUCAUAGAAGACGGCUGUAUUCAUUUGCUGUCAUUGGGAUCCAAAGCAUUGAUGAUCCAAGUGUGGGCCAGUCCCCACAGUGGCACUUUUAUCUUUCGUGUGUGCGUGGACUCGAAUGAUGACACGAAAGCUGUGUCACUAGCACAGGCAGAAUCACAGGAGAACAUUUUCUUUCCAAGCACAUGGCAACACUUAGUACUUACCUAUAUCCAGCAUCCUCAAGGGAAAAAGAAUGUCUGUGGGGAAAUCUCCAUAUGGGUGUCCGGGCAGAGGAAGACUGAUGUCAUCUUGGAGUUUGUGCUUCCAAGAAAAACAAGCUUAUCAUCAGACAGCAAUAAAACAUUUUGCAUGAUUGGUCAUUGCUUAACAUCCCAAGAAGAGUUUCUGCAAUUAGCUGGAAAAUGGGACCUUGGGAACUUGCUCCUCUUCAAUGGAGCUAAAAUUGGCUCACAAGAGGCCUUUUACCUGUAUGCUUGUGGACCCAACUACACAUCCAUAAUGCCAUGUAAAUAUGGCCAGCCAGUGAUUGACUACUCCAAAUACAUUAAUAAGGACAUUUUGAGAUGUGAUGAAAUCAGAGACCUUUUUAUGACCAGGAAAGAUGUGGAUGUUGGUCUUUUAAUUGAAAGUCUUUCAGUUGUUUAUACAGCUUCCUGCCCUGCUCAGUACACCAUCUAUGAACCUGUGAUUCGACUCAAGGGCCAAGUGAAAACUCCGCUCUCUCAAAGACCCUUCAGCUCAAAGGAAGCCCAGAGCAUCUUGCUAGAACCUUCUCAACUCAAAAGCCUCCAACCUACGGAAUGUAAAACCAUCCAGGGCGUUCUGCAUGAGAUUGGUGGGGCUGGUAUAUUUGUUUUUCUCUUUGCUAGGGUUGUUGAACUUAGUAGCUGUGAAGAAACUCAAGCAUUAGCACUGAAGGUUAUAUUAUCUUUAAUUAAGUACAGCCAACAGAGAACACAUGAACUGGAAAAUUGUAAUGGACUUUCUAUGAUUCACCAAGUGUUGGUCAAACAGAAAUGCAUUGUUGGUUUUCACAUUUUGAAGCAAGGUGUGUGGGAGACUCUGCUAACAGCUUUCGAAGUCCUCAUCCGGGUAGAGCACCAGCAGCAGCAGUUUAAUAUUAAACAGUUGCUGAACGCCCACGUGGUUCACCACUUCCUACUGACUUGUCAGGUUUUACAGGAACACAGAGAGGGGCAGCUUACAUCCAUGCCCCGAGAAGUUUGUAGAUCAUUUGUGAAAAUCAUUGCAGAAGUCCUUGGUUCUCCUCCAGACUUGGAAUUACUGACAGUUAUCUUCAAUUUUCUACUAGCAGUACACCCUCCUACUAAUACUUACGUUUGUCACAACCCCACAAACUUCUACUUCUCUUUGCACAUAGAUGGCAAGAUCUUUCAGGAGAAAGUGCGGUCAAUCAUGUACCUGAGGCAUUCUAGCAGCGGAGGGCAGUCCUUUCCCAGCCCUGGAUUUCUGGUAAUAAGUCCAUCUGUCUUUACUGCAUCUCCUCCUGAAGGAACCAGUUCUUGCAGUAUUAUUCCACGGCGGAUGGCUGCUCAGAUGGUUCGAUCUAGAAGUCUACCAGCAUUUCCUACUUAUUCACCACUAAUACAAACACAAAAACUUGCUGGAAGUUUGGACUUUAGUAUUGACAAGUUACAAGAUAUUGUGGUUACCAACCCAGAAAAAUGGAGUCCUUUAGGGAGACCCUAUGCACUGAAAACAGACAAAGAGGAAGCAUUCAUCAAUAGCUGUGAGUCUGCAAAAACUGUUUGUGAAAUGGAAGGACUUCUUGCAGCCCAGGGCUCUGCCAACGGAGUUUCCAGAGGAUCAUUGAGAUUUCCCAUGGCCAGAGUAGAUCACAAAGAUGUGGGAAUGGAGCCCAGAUCAGAUGAUGACAGUCCUGAGGAGUCUUAUCCACGUCGACCUGAUAACCUCAAGGGACUGGCCUCAUUCCAGCGAAGCCACAGCACUGUUGCAAGCCUUGGGCUUGCAUUUCCCUCUCAGAAUGGAUCUGCAGUUGCUAGCAGAUGGCCAAGUCUUGUUGAUAGGAAUGCUGAUGAUUGGGAAAACCUUACCUUUUCUCCUGCUUAUGAGGCAAACUACAAUCGAGCCACAAGCACCUGCAGUGUCAUUGAAGACUGUUUGAUACCUAUCUGCUGUGGAUUAUAUGAGCUCUUAAGUGGGGUUCUUCUUGUCCUGCCUGAUGCUAUGCUUGAAGAUGUGAUGGACAGGAUUAUUCAAGCAGAUACUCUUCUAGUCCUUGUUAACCACCCAUCACCUGCUAUCCAGCAAGGAGUAAUUAAACUGUUACAUGCAUACAUUAAUAGAGCAUCGAAAGAACAAAAGGACAAGUUUCUGAAGAACCGUGGCUUUUCCUUAUUAGCCAACCAGUUGUAUCUUCAUAGGGGAACUCAGGAGUUGUUGGAGUGCUUCAUUGCAAUGUUCUUUGGUCGACCGAUGGGCCUGGAUGAAGAAUUUGAUCUGGAGGAGGUGAAACACAUGGACCUGUUCCAGAAGUGGGCUGUCAUUCCAAUUCUGGGACUAAUAGAGACCUCUCUCUAUGACAAUAUACUCUUGCACAAUGCUCUUUUACUUCUUCUGCAAGUUUUAAACUCUUGUUCCAAGGUAGCAGACAUGCUAUUGGACAAUGGUCUACUCUAUGUGUUAUGUAAUACAGUAGCAGCCCUGAAUGGAUUAGAAAAAAACAUUCCUUUGAAUGAAUAUAAAUUGCUUGCAUGUGAUAUACAGCAACUCUUCAUAGCAGUUACAAUUCACGCCUGCAGUUCCUCAGGCUCACAGUAUUUUAGAGUUAUUGAAGACCUUAUUGUACUUCUUGGAUAUCUUCAUAAUAGCAAAAACAAGAAGACACAAGAUAUGGCUUUGGCCCUGCAGCUUAGAGUUCUGCAGGCUGCUUUGGAAUUUAUAAGGAGCACAGCCAAUCAUGACUCUGAAAGUCCAGUGCAGUCGCCUUCUCCCCACCACCUUUCAGUGCCUCAGAAGCGGAGAAGCAUUGCUGGUUCAAUUCCAGUGAAGGGUUUUGUUACUCCUCAUCCACCAAGACGUCACUUUGGUUCCUAUGGUCAACUUCCGAUGCCCUUCUUCAGUCCAUUAAAUCAAGACUCCCCCCAGCUCUCUCCUGGAUGCACCACAUGUGCGGUACCCCCCAAAGCAGGUCCUCGCAAAUUCCCUCUGGCUCAGACAGAGUCUCUCCUGAUGAAGAUGCGCUCAGUGGCCAGUGAUGAGCUCCACUCGAUGAUGCAGAGGAGGAUGAGCCAGGAGCACCCCAGUCAGGCCUCGGAGGCAGAGCUCGCUCAGAGGCUUCAGAGGCUCAUCAUCUUAGCUGUGAACAGGAUCAUUUAUCAAGAGUUGAAUUCAGAUAUUAUUGACAUUUUGAGAACUCCAGAAAAUACAUCCCAAAGCAAGACCUCAGUUUCCCAGACUGAAAUUUCUGAAGAAGACAUGCAUCAUGAGCAACCUUCUGUAUACAAUCCAUUUCAAAAAGAAAUGUUCACAUAUCUGUUGGAUGGUUUCAAAGUGUCUAUUGGAUCAAGUAAAACUGGUGUUUCUAAGCAGCAAUGGACUAAAAUCCUGGGAUCGUGUAAAGAAACCUUCCGAGUCCAGCUUGGAAGAUUGUUAGCGCAUAUUUUGUCACCAACCCACACUGUAAAAGAAAGGAAGCAGAUACUUGAGAUAGUUCAUGAACCAGCUCACCAGGAUAUACUUCGUGACUGUCUUAGCCCCUCCCCACAACAUGGAGCCAAGUUGGCUUUAUAUUUGUCAGAGUUGAUACAUAAUCAUCAGGACAAGUUAAAUGAAGAAGAAACAGACAAAGCGGAGCUGCUUAUGGGUGCUCUAAAGUUAUGUGGCCACAAGUGCAUCCCUCCCAGUGCUCCUUCCAAACCAGAGCUCAGUAAGAUUAUCAAAGAGGAGCAAAAGAAAUAUGAAAAUGAAGAGAGUGUGAGUAAAGGUGUAUGGGAGAAAACAGUGAACAACAACCAACAGAGUCUCUUCCAGAGGCUCGACUUAAAAUCCAAGGAUAUAUCUAAAAUAGCUGCAGAUAUCACCCAGGCUGUAUCUCUCUCCCAAGGAAUUGAAAGAAAAAAGGUGAUUCAGCACAUCAGAGGGAUGUACAAAGUCGACCUGAGUGCCAGCAGACACUGGCAGGAACUCAUCCAGCAGCUGACACAUGACAGAGCAGUCUGGUAUGACCCAAUCUACUAUCCAACUUCAUGGCAGUUGGAUCCAACAGAAGGGCCAAACCGAGAGAGGAGACGUUUGCAGAGAUGCUAUUUAACUAUUCCAAAUAAGUAUCUUCUUAGGGACAGACAAAAGUCAGAAGGUGUGGUCAGGCCACCACUCUCUUACCUAUUUGAAGAUAAAACUCAUUCUUCUUUCUCCUCUACUGUCAAAGACAAAGCUGCAAGUGAAUCUAUCAGAAUGAAUCGAAGAUGCAUCAGUGUUGCACCAUCGCGAGAGACAGCUGGGGAAUUGUUGUUAGGUAAAUGUGGAAUGUAUUUUGUGGAAGACAAUGCCUCUGAUACAGUUGAAAGUUCGAGCCUUCAAGGGGAGUUAGAACCAGCAUCGUUUUCCUGGACAUAUGAGGAAAUUAAAGAAGUUCAUAGGCGCUGGUGGCAACUGAGAGAUAAUGCUGUAGAAAUCUUUUUAACAAAUGGCAGAACACUCCUAUUGGCGUUUGACAAUACUAAGGUUCGCGAUGAUGUGUACCAGAACAUUCUCACAAAUAAUCUCACAAAUCUUCUGGAAUACGGCAACAUCACUGCUCUGACAAACCUGUGGUAUACUGGACAAAUUACCAAUUUUGAAUAUUUGACUCAUUUAAAUAAGCAUGCAGGCCGAUCCUUCAAUGAUCUCAUGCAGUACCCGGUGUUCCCCUUCAUCCUCUCUGACUAUGUUAGUGAGACUCUUGACCUCAAUGAUCCAUCUAUCUAUAGAAACCUAUCUAAGCCUAUAGCUGUGCAGUAUAAAGAAAAAGAAGACCGUUACGUUGACACAUACAAGUACUUGGAGGAAGAGUACCGCAAAGGAGCCCGCGAGGAUGACCCCAUGCCUCCUGUGCAGCCCUACCACUACGGCUCGCACUACUCCAACAGUGGCACUGUGCUCCACUUCCUGGUCAGGAUGCCUCCUUUUACUAAAAUGUUUCUAGCCUACCAAGAUCAGAGUUUUGACAUUCCAGACAGAACAUUUCAUUCUACAAAUACAACUUGGCGCCUCUCAUCCUUUGAAUCCAUGACUGACGUGAAGGAGCUGAUUCCAGAGUUUUUCUAUCUUCCUGAAUUCUUAGUGAACCGUGAAGGUUUUGACUUUGGUGUUCGUCAGAAUGGUGAACGGGUUAACCACGUCAACCUUCCUCUCUGGGCACGCAAUGAUCCUCGGCUGUUCAUCCUUAUUCACCGGCAAGCACUAGAAUCUGACCAUGUGUCCCAGAAUAUCUGUCACUGGAUUGACUUAGUGUUUGGCUACAAGCAAAAGGGAAAGGCUUCUGUUCAAGCUAUCAAUGUUUUCCAUCCUGCUACAUAUUUUGGAAUGGAUGUCUCUGCAGUUGAAGAUCCAGUGCAGAGAAGGGCUUUAGAAACCAUGAUAAAAACCUAUGGGCAGACUCCGCGUCAGUUGUUCCACACAGCUCAUGUCAGCCGACCUGGAGCCAAGCUCAACAUCGAAGGGGAGCUUCCAGCAGCUGUUGGCUUGUUAGUACAGUUUGCUUUCAGAGAGACCCGAGAACCAGUCAAGGAAAUCACUUAUCCGAGCCCUUUGUCAUGGAUAAAAGGCUUGAAGUGGGGGGAGUACGUAGGUUCCCCCAGUGCUCCAGUACCUGUGGUCUGCUUCAGCCAGCCUCACGGAGAAAGAUUUGGUUCCCUGCAGGCACUGCCCACUAGAGCCAUCUGUGGUUUAUCCCGAAACUUCUGUCUUCUGAUGACCUACAGCAAGGAGCAAGGUGUGAGAAGCAUGAACAACACAGAUAUCCAGUGGUCUGCUAUCCUAAGCUGGGGAUAUGCUGACAACAUUCUACGGUUGAAAAGUAAACAGAGUGAGCCACCAAUCAACUUCAUACAGAGUUCACAACAGCACCAGGUGACCAGUUGUGCCUGGGUGCCUGACAGUUGUCAGCUCUUCACCGGGAGCAAGUGUGGUGUCAUCACAGCCUAUACCAACAGGCUCAGCAGCAGCGUGCCCUCAGAAAUUGAAAUGGAGAGUAAGAUGCAUCUCUAUGGACACACAGAAGAGAUAACCAGCUUAUGUGUCUGCAAACCAUAUAGCGUGAUGAUAAGUGUGAGCAGAGAUGGCACCUGCAUAGUGUGGGACCUGAACAGGCUAUGCUAUGUGCAAAGUUUGGCUGGACACAAAAGCCCUGUGACAGCUGUCUCUGCCAGUGAAACGACGGGUGACAUUGCUACUGUGUGUGCCUCAGCUGGAGGGGGCAGUGACCUGAGACUCUGGACAGUGAAUGGGGACCUCAUUGGACAUGUCCACUGCAGAGAGAUCAUUUGUUCUGUAGCUUUCUCCAACCAGCCUGAGGGAGUAUCCAUCAAUGUCAUUGCUGGGGGAUUAGAAAAUGGCAUUGUAAGGCUAUGGAGUACAUGGGACUUGAAGCCUGUGAGAGAAAUUGCAUUUCCCAAAUCAAAUAAGCCUAUCAUAAGCCUGACCUUUUCUUGUGAUGGCCACCAUCUGUACACUGCCAACAGUGAGGGGACAGUGAUUGCAUGGUGCCGGAAGGACCAGCAGCGUAUGAAGCAGCCCAUGUUCUACUCUUUCCUUAGCAGCUACGCAGCUGGAUGAAGAGAGGGAGCGUCCUCACAGGACAUAAGCACUGUUCUGUGAGUCUGGCUCCAGCAGCUGCAGAAGCAGAUGAUUAAGCAGAUCCCCAGGACUGACAACAGCGGUGCCUCUGUGCAUACUUCCCCAGCUCUGUGGUCCCAAGAGUGCAGCCCUGCCCUCACUCAGUGAUGGUGUGGAAGCCUGGGUCUGCACACACUAGCCAACAAGCUAGGCGAAUUAAAGUCAGAAUCUUGAUGCUUUUUCCCAAAAAGGUAUACUGAAUCAGAGGUUAGGGUCUCUGUUCUCCUCCUUUUUCAAAAAGGAAGAGCAGAACUUAAAUUGGCUAAUUAUUUAUCUAAAAUAUUAAGCAUUAUAUUUUAAAAGUUUCUGAUAUAUCCCCUACACUCAUACAUCCAAUAAAAGGAAAAGAAUAGGACUUUUCAGGAUUCAGGAAGCAAUUAUUUAGCAGGUACCUCUGCACCAAAUACAUUCCGGCAUAUCGGAACAGAACGUAGACUCUGCUGCUGCAUCGUCACAUGAGGGUGAUGUUGCUCUUGUCCUCUCUGCCCAAAGAAGAGCCAGGGGCAGGAGCUUCGGGUGCUUUUCAAUUCCUUCACACCCUACUUCCUCAUAGGCUUCCAUAACACCAGGUAUCCGCACCCUUGGCUCAGUGACUAACCUUCAAACAUAAUGAUAAGUCUUUUAGCACCUGCUAAACAGUAACAGAGCACUGAACACUCACAUGUGCACUGGGAAGGUCCACACAACUCCACGGUGUUGACAGUGUGAAGGAGGCACAGCAGCUGGGACAGUGCUCUACUGUGAGACAGAACUGGGAGGGAAAGGAAGUGCAGUGCGCAGACAAAAGGCAGAGCACGUCACAGUUUAGGAGCCAGUUUUACUUGGUCCUACUAAGCUACCAUCUGAGAAUCCUAGGGAAGAUGGGAAGGCCUCCAUGUGCACCAUGGCGGGGACAACAGCUCUGCUCUGGAAUGCCAUGCCUGCUGCUCUGGACCACUGGGCUUUUCCUUGAGGUGCUGCUUGGAUGGCUUUGAAAACUAUUGUGUAGGCUCAGAAAUAUAUCAGUGUGGGGUAGAAGCAUGUGUUGCUGCCUAUAAAUGACUUGUGCAUUUGUUAUGUAAAUGUAAUUCCUAUGUUUACAGAACUACUUUUGUAACUUCCAGACUUUGUAAAACAUUCUGCUUAUAUCCACAAGAUGCAAUUCCAGAGUCUCUGCUGUGGGGACAGGCACAGGGAGAGCAGGGCCUCAGGGGACCUUUAGGUCAUAUUGACAUGGGCCACAUGUUACUCCUGAUGCCUACUUCAGAACAGAGAUAAUAUUACUCCUACUCACGUUGAAGUGAUUGAUUUGUUUUUAAAAAUUCAGCUAAUGUCUAGCUUUCAUUUUCUUUCUUUUUUUUUUUUUUUUUUUUUUUUUUUUUUUUUACUGAGAACUUCAAGGUAGUCUCCUAUUAGAAUAAGGAUGCUAUGCAGUCUUGGCUUUUUUUAAGGGCCAAGUUUCAUCAUUUAUCUAAAGAGGAAAAUAUAAAAAAAUCGGUCUUGUUAAGUGUGCAAUAUUCUAUUUUUAUGUAAAAAUAAAAAAUUCAUGGGGGGAUUAUUUAUUGAGCAUGAAACCUAGUAUGUAUAUGUUGGAAACGCUUUGUAACAUGCAUGUUAUAGCAUACAUUCCUGGAAGUCAUCACAUGCUGUUACCUUUUACACACUGCCACUUCAGUUUGGAAAUAAACUUCCUAAAAAUAGACUUAAA